AUGGCCGACCUCUCGAGAGAAGACCUGCCGCCUUCCGAUAGCCCCCACCUCGUCCUUCGGCACCCUACCGAAGAAGAGUGCACGACGAUCUCGAUCAAUACCUCCAUCGAGUGGAAAGACUCGCUUUCACUCGCACAAUACUUGAAAGAAGGUCAAUGGCUCGCCACGGUCCCUUUAGCCCGCGAUGGAGGCAUGACAACAUGGAUCUUGGUCCACCAGGAUCAAGGUCCAGGCGAGCGUCGGAUACUAUGCUCUUGCGAGAGCUUCUCCAAGCGCUCACUCACGAGCGAUACCAGCGGUAUUAUCAGCGAGAACAUUGUGCAUGGUGUGGCCAGCGUCUUCUCCCCGAGCGAGUACCGCGGCAGAGGGUAUGCGGCGCGUAUGAUGCGUGAGUUAGCGAGGACCUUGCAUACGUGGCAAGCAGAAGGGCAGCCGUGUGUGGGAAGCACGCUGUACUCCGACAUUGGCAAAGAAUUCUAUGCGAAACUAGGCUGGCUCCCAAACUCCACCAAUUCGCACAUGGAGCUGCAACCCUGCGCCAUCGCGUGGCCUUCGCCGGCUACACCAGUUAUCGAGGAAGAGAUAGGAGAUUUGUGCAAGCGGGACGAAGACUUGGUUCGGUCUCGCAUGGCAAUACCCACGCGAGAGGUGAAAACUCGUUUUACGAUCAUCCCAGGUCUUGACCAUAUGCUCUGGCACAUAUCCAAAGAAGUGUUUGCGACGAAACACCUCUUUGACCGGAUACCCAAUGCGAAAGGAGCGAUAGCUGGCCCGUCCGGCAGCCAAGUCUGGGCACUUUGGACGCAUCGAUAUUACAGUCAUCCUGACGCAAUGAUGGAGGUCGAUGAGACUGCAACAAGGCUAUCUUCCGAUGCAGCAAAACUGCCUGAGCCUGCCAUGUACGAGCAGCAGGCAGUAUACCUUCGGGCGGUUUUGCAGGCAGCCCAGGCCGAAGCCACGGAAUGGAAACUCGAUGUCGUCAAGCUCUGGGAUCCUACACCCUUGGUUCGAGACAUGCUGGCUCGGAGUGGUCUAAAGCUCGAAGUCGUGGAACGGGAGAACGACAGUAUCGCUAGCCUGCUUUGGUACAAUGCAGAUGGCGGGGUCAGUGACGAGAUACCGUUGUGGCUGAACAACGAGCACUACGCGUGGCAAUAG